AUGUCUGUUCCAAGAUUCCAAAAAAUAAACUAUGGGACAUAUGAUAAUUAUAUUCCAGUCAGUGAAUUAAGCAAAAAAUCAUGGAAUCAGCAACACUUUUCCCUGGCAUUUCCCAAACCACCGAGGCCAGGAACCAAAAGGAGAUCAAUACCUUCCCAGCUACGUGAUAAUACAACUCCUGUAAUUGAUGAAUCCCAAUUGCAACAAAGAAGACCGCCACUAUGGAUGCACCGUUCUUUAAUGAGAAUUUCAGAGAGGCCAUCUGUUUAUUUAGCUGCCAGGAGGAGGCCUCCACCCAAACCCUCUAAACCACCCAAAGAAUGUGAGGAGAUGCAUUCAGGUGAGAAAACUGAAUCGGAAUCAGACUUCAGAGAAAAGGCAGAGUCAACGAAGGGCAAGGAUGAAGAAAAAGAAUCUAAAUCUGGCAAAAGGAGUAGAAGGGGUUCAAAAGAGAAGGAUUCCGGUUCAGAAACUGGAAGUGAAAAGGGACGGAAGAAAGGUAAGAAAGGUAAGAAAGGUGGCAAGGGCAAGGAGUCAGGUGAAGAAUCUGGGGAUGAGAAAGGAAGCGGAAAGAAAAGUAAGAAAGGAAAGAAGAAGGGCAAGGGGUCAGGUGAAGAGUCGGAGGAGGAAAAAGAAGGCGAAAAGAAAGACAAGAAAAGUGGAAAGGGCAAAGACAAAGACGCAAAGUCAGAAGAAGCAGAGGGAGAAGAAGCGGCCCCGCCCAUAGCAGAGACGGAAUCUGAAGAGGAAAAGGCCCCCGCAGAAGGCGGAAAGAAAGACAAGAAAGACAAGAAAGGGGGRAAGAAGGGCAAAGACAAGGAGGGAGGAGGAGAUACGGAAACGGAAGACGAAAAGGCAGGAGGCAAGAAAGGCAAGAAAGACAAGAAAGGGGGGAAGAAGGGCAAAGACAAGGACGGAGGAGGAGGAGAUACAGAGACUGAAGACGACAAAGGAAGCGGAAAGAAAAGCAAGAAAGACAAGAAGUCUAGCAAGAAGGGCAAAGACAAGGACGGAGGAGGAGAAACAGAAACCGAAGACGACAAAGCCAGCAGCGGCAAGAAGGACAAAGAGUCCAAGAAAGAGGGAAAGAAGAAGGAUAAAGGUAAGAAGGGAGAAGGUAAGAAAGGUAAAUCCAAGAAGGGCAAGUAG